ACAAACGAAGUUCCCGCUGUCACCUGGACUAGGGUUUCGGACGACGAAUGCCGGUGAUCGUGCAUCGGUAACGCGAAUUUGUAUCAAUCGAUCGAUUCGUAGUUCGAAGUCCAUUCUGAAUACACAUUCGGAUCUUCGAUCAUAAACUGUAUAGCUGUAGGGUUUGUAAAUUUAGGGUUUCGAAGUGCAUCAUCGGACAAUGCCUUCGGUACCCGCCGUUCAAUUGGUUACUCGUCCUAUGACGCCGGAUUCGACAUUCUUAAACGGUGGCUUGGCUUUUCAUCGUUUCAAACGUCUUCAGAAGAGCGAUCGUCGUGGUAACCUUAGUUAACGUGUUUUUGUUCGUUUUUCUUUUUUUCCUGUCGUUGUUGUUGUUGUUUGAUCUUGACCUAAGUUUGUCGAGUAAAGUAGCGCCAAAUAGUCGUAUCCAAUCGGCGAGCGCGCCAUUGCAAAGCCUGAAUUGGUUCUGAAAUAUUGGCGGUGCGCUGGGACUUGGCUUCCGCUUGCUUUUUGUUGCAAAAGGUGUACUUGGUCAUCUGGCUAGCUUGAUUUUGGCAAUUUUCCUAUUAGCUUGUGACUUCAAGAAUGGAGGCCAAUUCUUCUGUGGGUGCAUUGGGUCCAGAAGAUCUAAACAGGUUGAAUUGGUUGUAUACAAAGUCAUCAAUAUGUGAUGGUGUAUCUCUAAAUGACCUUGGGAAUGCUCUGACUGAAAUACAUAUUGAGGAUGACCAUAAAGUGGCGCUGAGCUCCAAUAUACAUAAUUUUUCUGGGAAGGAUAAGAGCAACAGACUGAAGGGGGCAGAUGAACAUAAAGAGGCUCAUCAGACUGAAUCGACCAUUGUAUCUUCUGAGAACUGCCUAUCCAAGCACCAUUCAUUUUCAGUCUCUAGUGAUAAAGAAACCUUUCCAGUGCCUGCUGAUGGGAUUCACAGGAAACAGGAAGUGCAUGGGGAAGAGGAGGAAGAAGACUUAACUGCCUCAAAGUUGAAGGGAAAUAGCUAUGAGUUGGUUAAGCCAGGCCAUCGUCAACCCACACUGUUGCCUACUUCUUCAAAACUUGUAUCUGCCAUGAAAGGCAGCCGUGAGAAACUGGGGACGCCACCAAAGAAGCUGACUGUGACAUGGGCUCCUGAUGUGUAUGAUCCUCCUCCAUCAGCAUCAACAAUCUUGAGACACAAGAAACCUCGGUCCAAGAGUGACAGCAAGAAGAAUGGGAAGAGCAAACAGAAAGGAAAACCUUCCAAAGGGUGCAGCAGUAAUAAGGAUAAAAAGCAAGGUCGAAAACAUGGUGGGAGUAACAAGUGUUACCAGUCACUGGAUUACUACGACGAUGUGUUUGAUUAUGCUGAGCCUUGUGCUGAACUGGGGGAUUUUGCCGCUGGUUCGUAUUGUGGGAGUAGUUUCCUUAAGAAAUCGGUGAGAGAGUUGCACUUAUCUUUUGCUGAGGCUGCAUAGGGAACCGUCUUUGAACCGCUGCUCACUCUUUCUUAUAAUCGGCAGUGGUGUAGAUACAUAACUAUAGGUUUAAAGUCUUGUCUUCUGGAUUACAGGCAGUAACAUGAAGUUGGAAACUUUACAAUCUAUGGCAUGGCGGUGUGGCUACCUGCAAUGACACCUCAAUUGGGUACAUGUUGAUCAAUCCUUGCUUUUAUUCCAGCUGCUAGUGGGUGCAUGAGGUGUGGGGUUUUAUGCACAUAUAUAUUAUGAAAUUGUACUUUAUUUAUUAAAUAUGUUUUAUUAUACACUAAUAUUUUAGAGCCUAUUGUAUGUGACUAAAGAUACAGGAGGCUUUCAACUGAUGGGUUAUGGGUUGCAUGGGUUCUACUGUUAUUAAAACUUUGCUUCCUUCUGCGAGUGUGGAAGAUGCCCUUCUUUAUAGGUUGUAGAAGCGGGAGCUUUUCUAUGAUAUACACUUGAUCUCCCUACAAAGUGAUAGCUGGAGCACCAAGGAAUGUCAAAAGGUUUAAGCCCAUAACCUUUGUACUGGGGUGAUAAGUUCUUAAGGUACAAUUUAUUUUAAGGUUCUUUUUGAUGACGACUUUUAAAAAAUGAGAUUGGUUUUUGCUUA